UAGGAUAAAAACCGAGAAGCACAGCAGUUAUCACACUUCAUUGUCAAUAUCCUCCGAUGACAAUUGUUUCUAGAGGGAGAUUCAGAACUGGCAACAUACCAUACACAAGGACAAGAAAAGAUCCAGACACAGCCAUGGCCAGAGUAUUGGGAAUGCUGCUCCUCCUGUCAGCUCUCUGCUACUCCCUAGCAGACAAAGUUGAGCUUCGUCACACCAAAAGAGGGACAAGAAACCAUAAAGAGCGGUGUGUGGAUGGCCAGUCGGCUGUGGUGCGUGGUUUUGGGGACACGUGGUUGAGAUGGCGGGGCCAGCUUGUGGAGCGCUGCACCUGUGCAUCACGAGGACGACAGCGCUGUCAUGAUGUGCCAGUCACCACCUGCUAUCAGUCAAGGUGCUACAACGGGGGAACCUGUAAGGCGAUGGUCUACUCCUCUGACUACCUGUGUCAGUGUCCACCAGGCUUCACUGGGGCUCAGUGUGAGAUCAACACCACUGAGAAGUGUGUGGUGGGCCAGGGUAAAGGGUACCGUGGUACGUGGAGUGUCAGUCGAACCGGCUCAGAAUGUAUCAACUGGAACUCCACAGCCCUCAGAGGGAGGACGUUCACAGCUAAGAGACCAGAGGCCAACAGCCUGGGACUGGGAAAUCACAACUACUGCAGGAAUCCAAGCGAUGAUACUAAGCCAUGGUGUCAUGUCUACAAGGGAACCCAGAUAGCCUGGGAGUUCUGUACUCUCUCCAGCUGCCCUGCAGACCAGAGCCCAGCGGAGUGUGUUCAGGGUUCGGGGCAGACGUACAGGGGGACGACAGCCAUCACUAAGAAGGGCUACAGCUGUCUCGCCUGGGACUCACCCCUCAUCACCCACAAGUUCUACAACGCAUGGAGGUCUGAUGCCAGAGAGCUGGGGCUGGGAAGUCACAACUUCUGCAGGAACCCAGACGGUGAUCUCGGCCCCUGGUGUCACGUCUACAGAAACAUGAAGCUGACCUGGGAGCUCUGUAACGUCACCAAAUGCCGGAGGAGACCUACUACCAUCACUACUCUAGGCCCCAGGGCUCCCACCACCAACGGAGGUACCUGUGGACAGCGUGCUGACAAAAAUCACAGUCGCCCCUCCUUCCGUAUCUUGGGAGGGGCCCGGCAGAGUGACAUCACAGAGCAGCCAUGGCAGGCAGCCAUCAACGUGUUCUGGUCCACAUACAAAGCACACAUCUUCCUGUGUGGAGGGGUCCUCAUUGACUCCUGUUGGGUCCUCUCUGCUGCACACUGCUUCGACGAGAGGUUUAAACCAGAGCGUCUGCAAGUGGUUCUGGGUCAGACGUUUCGUAAGAACUCCUCCAGCAGUGACCAGAUCUUUGAGGUGGAGAAGUACUGGACCCACGAGAAAUACAACGAGGAAACCUUUGACAACGACAUUGUCUUGCUGAAGUUGAAGAGUGAUACUGGCCUGUGUGCUGUGAACUCCCCGGCGGUCUUACCCGCCUGUCUGCCUGACCCAGGCCUGGUACUGCCUGACUGGACCGAGUGUGAGAUCUCUGGCUACGGCAAAGAGAAGGAGUUUAAUGCGGUGUACUCUGAGCGGGUGAAGAGGGGUCACGUGAGGUUGUGGCCUCAGGACCGCUGUGUCCCUAAUGUCUUAUCUGGGCGUCUGGUCACCUCCAACAUGCUGUGUGCCGGGGACACCCGGGGUCUGGACGACGCCUGCAAGGGUGACUCUGGCGGUCCUCUCGUCUGUCCCAAGGAUGGGAAGAUGACUCUGAUGGGGCUGAUCAGCUGGGGUGAUGGCUGUGGGAAGAAAGACACACCCGGGGUGUACACACGUGUUACACAAUACACUGAUUGGAUCAGCAGCAAGAAACAGGAAACUAGCCAGUAAACACACACAAACAGUACAUACACCUUGAGAGAACUUGUGAGAAUUCAUCUGACUCCUGUCCAUCAAUCACAAUGCCUUAACCGAGGAAGGGACAACCACUCAAUGCACAAGAGGAACCUCCAGUACUCCAAUACAUUAUGUGUAUGCGUUGUUUCACUCUUGGGCUGAGAGGGAGAAUGCAGUAAGGUCAGAACUCUGAACACUACACCUCCAAAGAGAAUAGACUGUUACUCAGUCCAGCUGAUUCCUGUUCUACCCAGAGCUACAUGUAAAGUAUAUAUUUAGGAAUAUGGCUCUGCUUCCACCACUUCAUAUGCAGCUGAUAGAAUGUUGGACAUGUACUUUGCACAAGGUUCCAUAGGAAUGUAUAUAGCCACUGCAAUUAACAUUUCUCAGUUCAUUUAGAGUUAAUUUUACAUGGGUGGCCUGUGGUUUGAAUUUAAUUUUGCAAUGUUACCCUCCUAACCCCACUAGCACUAACCACAACAAUCUGCUGAAUCAAAGACAGCAGCUACAUUCCAAACUGAAAACUCAACCCAAUCCCUCUGUAUUUGACUCCCUCAGCCCCUAACAGUUCUCAAUAGGCCUAAGAAAUAUGGGAGGAAAAGCCCACCUUCCAGAUGCUUGAAAGGCAUUAAUUAAGGCAUUGAGUUGUUAGAUUGGAAUAUAGCUAAAGCCUGAACACAGCCACCGUUAUCCGUCUCCAUAAGCGUUGGGUUGAGCCCAGCGAUCAUCAUAUCCAGUCUUUUAAAGUUGGAUUUAUGUUGAAAAGGACUGGGAGGUGUAUGUAAUGAAAGCUCUUUCACUGCAAAGCUCUUGGACUCCACCUCCCUAACAUAGUACAGUAUGUGUUCAUGUUUGAGUGAGUGUUCAUAUUAUUUAUCAUAUAUAUAUAUAUAUCCUCUUGGACAGUAAUGUUUUAAUAUUUGUAUUUUACAUGUGUAUUAAGUUAAUAUUUAUGUCUAUUCCUGUUACAGUAUUUUCUACUGUAAUAGUUUAUGCAGUUUUGUUAGUUCAAUGUGUAGAGUUCUGAAAGUUUAAUUUAUUUUUGGGGCUAUCGUAACCUUUUUCUGAGACUUAAACCCAUCUUUUUAAAUAAAUAAUAUUUUUGGUUA